AUGGCUGGAAGGAAUGAUGCUGCAAUUGCUACUGCUUUAGAGGCUAUGGCUCAUGCUAUGGAUACGCUGACGAGAAUGCUAGAUCUCAAGUUUCGAUACGGUACUCAUAUGCUAGCAAUCGAGGUUGAUGACUGGUGGCUAGAGACUCGUCAAAGAUUGGAAAAUGCAGGUAAAGAGAUCACUUGGGUCGUGUUCCAUAGGGAGUUCAUGAGGAAAUAUUAUCCUGAAGAUGUUCAGGGAAAGAAGGAAAUUGAGUUUCUCGAACUGAAGCAGGGAAAAAAGUCGGUUACUGAGUAUGUUGUGGAGUCUGUUGAGCUGGCCAAGUUUUAUCCGCACUAUAGCGAGGCGACUACUGAAUUUUCAAAGUACAUCAAGUUUAAGAAUGGGUUGCGCUCAGAGAUCAAGAAAACACCUUAUGAUGCUCCUGCUGGGAAAGGUAAACUUAAAGUUGCUGAUGGUAAGAGAGCUAGUAGGGGAUAUGCUCGUGCUGACGUGACCGGGCAUGCAAUAUCCGAGUGCAAGCAUAAGAAGAUGGUUUGUUUCAACUAUAGUGAAGAGGGACACAUUGGUAGUCAGUAUCACAAAUCAAAGCAGGCACAAGCUGGUGGAAAGGUGUUCGCUUUGGCUGGGACUCAGAAAGCUAAUGAAGACAGAAUUAUCAGAGGUACGUGUUUCAGUAAUAGUACUCCUUUAAUCACUAUUAUUGAUAUUGGUGCUACUCAUUGCUUUACUAGUGCUGAUUGUGUUGAAAUAUUGGGUCUUAUGUUGUCUUCUAUGAAUAGAGAGAAGGUCGUCGAUACUCCGGCUAAGGGAUCGGUGACUACUUUUCUCGUGUGUUUAAAGUGUCCUUUGUCGAUCUUUGACAGAGACUUUGUUGUUGAUUUAGUUUGUUUGCCAUUAAGUGGGUUGGAUGUGAUCUUAGGUACGAACUGGUUAGAGUAUAACCAUGUUCAUAUUAAUUGUUAUGAUAAGUCGGUGAGGUUUUCCACUCCUAAAGAGGAGGGAGUUGAUUUGUUAUCUGCUAAAUAG